GCCAUUUUCACUCAUGACCAAAGAAAUAGCAGCACAGAACUGGCCUUCAAAUACGCUGUGUAUAAAAUUAAUAAGGACAAAAUCAUACUGCCGAAUACGACUUUGGUUUAUGAUAUUCAAUACGUACCUAAAGCCGACUCGUUUCAUGCUUCGAAGAAAGCUUGUCAUCAAGUUAAAUUCGGCGUUCAGGCUGUAUUCGGACCGUCGGAUCCGGUCUUAGGUCAGCACAUACAUAGCAUAUGCGAUGCCCUGGACAUACCGCACCUGGAGGCCAGGCUGGACCUGGACUCCGAGGCGAAAGAAUUCAGCAUAAAUCUGUAUCCAGCACAAAGUCUCCUAAACGCAGCUUAUCAAGACGUCAUGACAUUUCUCAAUUGGACAAAAGUUGCCAUCGUUUACGAGGACGAUUACGGUUUGGUAAGGCUUCGAGAACUUGUGAGAUCACGAAAGUCACAGGAUAUGGAAGUAUAUCUCAGACAAACUGAUCUCGAUUCUUAUAGGCAGGUCCUCACAGAAAUCAAAGCCAAAGAAAUUCGGAAUCUCAUCGUUGAUACAAAAACUGGGAAUAUGCAUCACUUCCUUCGUAUGAUUCUUGAACUGCAAAUGAAUGAUUACAACUAUCACUACCUCUUCACCACUUUUGAUAUUGAAACGUUCGAUCUGGAGGACUUCAAGUACAACUUCGUCAACAUCACUGCAUUUCGAUUGGUAGAUGUUGAUGAUGUUAGUGUACGCGGUAUCCUAAGGGAUAUGGAGAAAUACCAAUCUAAUGGUAACAACUUACUCAACAAAUCUCGUGUCAUACAAGCAGAACCCGCCCUAAUGUACGACAGCGUUCAAGUAUUCGCCGUAGGCUUAAGAACAUUGGAACAAUCCCACGCUUUAAGGCCAAUGAAUAUUUCUUGCGAGCUCGAGCAUCCAUGGGAUGGCGGAUUAUCUCUAAUCAACUAUAUCAACUCCGUGGAGAUGAAAGGAAUUUCUGGGCCUGUAGAAUUCAAGGAGGGUCGAAGAAUACAAUUCAAACUGGAUUUACUUAAACUCAAGCAACAUUCUUUAGUGAAGGUAGGAGAAUGGAAACCAGGUGUUGGUAUCAAUGUCACGGAUACAACGGCCUUUUUUGAAACUGGAUCGACUAAUGUCACCCUCAUCGUAAUUACUAUUUUGGAGCAGCCGUACGUGAUGCUGCGCAGCCGUGGUAACUUCAGUGGGAACGAGCGCUACGAGGGCUUCUGCAUCGACCUGCUCAAGGAGAUCGCUCACAUGGUCGGCUUCGCGUACAGGAUCGAGCUCGUGCCCGACGGCAAGUACGGAGUCUACGACUACGAGACUGGCGAAUGGAACGGCAUCGUGCGCCAGCUAAUGGACAAGAAAGCGGAUUUGGCGGUCGGAUCCAUGACCAUCAACUAUGCCCGGGAGAGUGUCAUCGAUUUUACAAAGCCUUUUAUGAAUCUGGGAAUUUCCAUCCUGUUCAAGGUACCAACGAGCCACCCGGCGAGGCUCUUCUCCUUCAUGAAUCCACUGGCAAUUGAAAUCUGGCUGUACGUACUGGCCGCCUACAUCCUCGUCUCAGUAACGAUGUUCGUGGUCGCUCGAUUCAGCCCCUACGAGUGGAGCAAUCCCCAUCCCUGUCACUCGGGAUCCGAAAUCGUGGAAAAUCAGUUCUCGCUGGCAAACAGCUUCUGGUUUACAAUCGGCACCUUGAUGCAACAAGGCAGCGAUCUUAAUCCAAAGGCUACGAGUACUCGCAUCGUUAGUGGCAUUUGGUGGUUUUUUACGCUAAUUAUUAUUUCCUCGUACACUGCUAAUCUGGCAGCUUUUCUAACGGUAGAACGGAUGAUUACACCAAUAGAAAACGCCGAGGAUCUUGCUAGUCAAACUGACAUUUCUUAUGGAACCCUAGAAAGUGGCAGCACCAUGACCUUCUUUAGAGAUUCUAUGAUCGAGACAUAUAAGAAAAUGUGGAGAUUUAUGGAAAACAAAAAGCCAUCGGUCUUCGUACCUACGUAUGAAGAAGGAAUACAAAAAGUUUUGCAGGGUAAUUACGCCUUUCUCAUGGAGUCCACAAUGUUGGAUUACAUUGUUCAAAGGGACUGUAAUUUGACGCAAAUUGGCGGUCUUCUAGAUACUAAAGGAUAUGGAAUCGCAACACCUAUGGGUUCGCCAUGGAGAGAUAAAAUUUCAUUAGCCAUUUUAGAACUCCAAGAAAAGGGUGAAAUUCAAAUACUUUACGACAAAUGGUGGAAAAGUCCAAGCGAUAUGUGUAUGAGAAAUGAGAAGGGUAAAGGAAGUAAGGCUAAUGCAUUAGGGGUAGACAAUAUCGGGGGUAUUUUCGUAGUUUUAUUAUGCGGACUGGCAUUCGCAGUGCUGAUCGCUAUUUUCGAAUUUUGCUACAAUUCCAAAAGAAACGCACCAGUAGAACGCGUGAGUUUUUGCAUGCAUUCGAUGAAUUGAACGCUCUUUUUAUUUUUUCAAGUACGUCUUACAAAGAAAGGGCUUAUCAUUAAAAAGGGAAUGUGCAUGUUCGAUUAUUGUUUAGCAUAAGCUCUUCGAGUUAUAAGAAUGUAGCGGCUUAGUAGUUCACA